CUCAUCUCCCACAGCAAAACAUCACGCAACUCGAAAUCCCAUCACCAUAUACCCAAUCACGGUAGCAAACAGAACACAACGGCGAAUUUGACGACGGAACUCCCCAAAAAAAAAAAAAAGAUGGUGGCGAUAUCCAUGUACAGAGGCAACCUUCACAAAGUUCCCGACGUGCCUCGCCGGUGGACUAUGCCGGAUCGCAACCUCUCUUUCAAGGAAUUCAAAUCUCUCCUCCACCGCCGCAAACGAGCUCUCUCGCGUCUCUUCCCCGGUUCCAGCCCUAACCCGACCCAUAACGUCAAGCCUGAGUCGGUUACGGAUCGGAGGGAUGCGAUUCCAUCUGAACGGCCCGGUUCGGCCGGGAAGCAGAAGCUUGUUGAGGUGAAGAGAGAGGAGGAGAAUGUCAGAACUGAAGGAGCUCGAGCAGGAGGAUCGGACGGUGGAGAUCGAGUGAUGGAAUUGCUAUCGAAUCAUGAAACCGUUCACGAGGAAGCUGCGAAGGAUAAGGCGGAGGAGGCAAAGGAAACAGCGGAAGAAGAAGUAGUACCAAGCGAAAUAGAGAAAGAAGAGAAACAAGUGGAGGAGAGAUUACAAGUGUUGAAUGCAAAGAAACACAAUCUCGUCCAAGUCCUUAAGCUGAUUUUGAAUGCUGAGGAAGAAUUGAAAAGGCGCAGCAGCAUCACGCAGCAGCCAGGAACAACGGCAUCUCGUCCUCCACUCCAUGUAGAUGUCUCUAAUGAUGCUCACAUGGAAGGCGGGGAGACGGAUGGUGCAGCAAAUCAUAAUAAUGCUCAAACUCCCAGUGUUGUUCGACUAUGCGGUGCUUCUUCUUCGUCUGAAUCUCCUCUCAGAAGAGCAGCUGCCGCCUUUUCACAACACAAUAUGGCUCCGCAUCCUUCUAGAUGGAGCCCACGCGUGGGUCCAACACAACCUGGGAAUACAAGUGCUGCAGGAGUCACUGUGUCUGCGUCUGGAACAAACUACAUAGCUUCGUCACCUUCACCAGCUGGUUCUGGUGGCACUUCUGUUUUCAGAGAAACACGGCUACAGAGUCCAGGGAACUAGCAGCUUCUCCUCUUAGCGCUGCACUAACUUCUUCCUUUUUUGUAGCUGUUAAGAUAAAAGUAAUGUGAUGUGAGAGGAUCAGAGACGUGUUCAAGCGAUUGAUCUAUAAGUAUGAUGUUUUAGAUUUGUGAGAAA